AUGGAUCUCGACAGCGAUUCACGCUAUAAAGAUAUCGACUCUCAAAGCACUAGCGACAUCACAGACUUCCAACCCAUCAAGCGACGCAGUUCCUACCUCCCUUCCAUCCUCCUCGGCUACUGUGGAAAGACACCCGAGGAAGCGCGAUCUAGAGGAUGUAGCUACUAUCCCAUAGGUCGCUUUUGGGCGCCUCCCGAUUGUUCGUUUCCCGAAGGCAACGACAACUAUCAUCCCUUCUGCGACCGGGAAUGGUUCGUCGGCACGAACUUGACGAUUCCUGCCGACAUUUCCCGGUUAGAAUCAGGUGAUUCCCGUCAGGCUUUUACUCAUUAUUGGCAUGAUGAGCAUUGCACGUUGGUGCUACAGAAGUUGUCAUUGGCGGUUGCGCUGAAUAAAACGAUGGUUCCGGGAUUGGUGGGAAGUAUUCAUCAUGUUAAUCAUUGUGCGAUGACGAUUACGAAAACGAUCAAGAAUGCGUAUAAUGAGACUUUCCUUGCGAAUGAUAUGUCGAUAACGGAGAGUACUUUGGGUUUCAUGCCUUGUGUACCACUUAAGAGCCUUGUGGACAAUCCAAGAUACGAAAAUUAG